GGGGCGGAGUAUGAACGGCAGGUUCCAGCUGCGGCCGGGUGGGGAGCUGGGCCUCAGGCUUCUCCGCUGUCGCCGUAGCGCCGUCUGCCGCCACUUCUCACGCGCGGGAUGCUGCUGCUGGCGCUGGGCAGCUCGUGGGCGGCCGGACUUCGGCUCGGAGGGAAGAGGACGGUGCCGUGGGCGGUCGCCGCGCGGCUGGCCUCCUGUAGUGGCUCCUCGGGGCUGGUUGGCUGCGGAAGCGUGGGGCUGCGGGGAGCCUCGCCGCUUCUCGGGCGUCGGGUGCGAACGCAGAUACCUCUUUGUUGGGAAAGAUGGGUUCAGUGCUUACAUACACAGCUUGAAAAAUCAGAAGAUGGAAGGCUGAUUUAUACUGGGAAUCUGGCGAGAACAGUAUUUGGUGUGAAAUGUUUCUCUUAUUCGACAAGUGUCAUCAGCCUUGCAUUACUACCAUACAUUUUUGCACAAAACAGUAUUAUAUUUGGAAGUCUGCCUUUGCAAAUAUUAUUUUAUGGCAUCAUAGGGAGCUUUACUGUGAUCACUCCAGCACUGCUUCACUUUGUUACAAAAGGCUAUGUCGUUCGGCUGUACCAUGAAGCUACAACAGACACUUAUAAAGCCAUUACUUACAAUGUUGUGCUUCUAGAAACGAGUACAGUGUUUCACCAGAAUGACGUGAAGAUUCCAGACAGCGCACAUGUGUUUACCACAUUUUAUGCUAAAACGAAAUCACUGUUAGUUAAUCCAGGGCUCUUUCCAAACCCUGACGAUUAUAACCAUCUAAUGGGUUAUGACAAACCAUUCACUUUUGAUAUGGAAGAAGACAGUGAGAAAAAACAGGUUAAAGAUGAGAAAUGAGUCUAUUGUUUUUUAGGUUUGUGCUUAAAUGUGAUUUAUGUUCCAAUGUAUAAUAAUGAAAUUGCCUUUACUUUUGUUUUCUGUUAGUGACUGAUUAAAAAUAAUUUGAAACUGUA